AUGUUGGAGGACACGAACGCGCAUGCGAAGCAGCGCCGUAGGAGGAACAAGAGCAAGAAGGUGAAGCGGGAGAAGAAGGGGGAGGAGAAGCGGGAGGAGGAGAAGGGGGAGGAGAAGCGGGAGAGGACGUUCGUCACGGCAGAGGCUCCUCCCGCAGCGGCCGCAGAGGCACCGGAGGUGGUGGAGCAGGGGCACAUGGCCGAGGUCGUGAAAACUGACGAGGCGGCGGAAUUGAGCGGCACCGCAGAGGCGCCCCUACCGGUCGGGGAGGACGAAGCGGCCCACGCCAAGCAGGCACUGGAGGGGAGUAACGUGGAGGGCCAGGCCUUCGUCCGGUGCGAUCUCUGCAACGAGAAAAUUUACGAGGAAGAGCAGCUGCACCACCAAAGUAACCACGCGGCGUUGAAGCACUGGUGCAGCCAUGUUCUUGCGGUGGAGGCGCCGGCGCUGCUCACGGCACCUCUGCUCCCGGAGCACCAGAGCGCUCUUGGCCUCUUCGUGCUCGAGAGUGUUGCUGAGCUGGACAAGGGCCCAGCGGCGUUUGGGUUGAUCCAGCGUGCCUUGGAGCAGCUGAAUGGUGUUGCCCAGAGUGUUUGCUGGGACGCAACGGCGUUUCUCUUUGGGAGCUGUGUCGCCUCCGGCUCUUGGGACGGCGUCAGCGACGCCGAUUUCACGGUGCUGGAGCCCCGCCUCCUGGAACGGUUCAUGGCGGGCGGGUGGGACCAUAAUGACGAGCGUCGAAGCAUUUUGCGCCUGGCCUCUGCGCUCCGCAAUUCUGGCUUUCUCCACAGUGAGUUGGAGGUUGUCAUCAAGACACGCGUGCCUGUCGUGAAACGGGCCCAAAACGUGCGACCCCCCCUGCUUCUCCCGGACCUCAUGCAGGGCUACAAAAUUGAGUACUGCUUCUUGGAGGAGCCGGACCGUGGGGCGUACAACGAGUUUACGACCGUGGCAAUGAAAAGGAAGAUUGGGGUGAUGGUGGAUGGCCCGGACAAGCUGACGCUGCACUUUAACACGGCCCAGAAGGCACUGCGGUAUUACCGGACCACGCCAAAAGGGCUGGGAGGCAUCGUAAAAACUUGGAAGUCAGGCCAUCAGUUACCGGACAUCUUUUCCAUCGAUUUUGACGUCAGCUGCAGGCCACUGGGGGUGCGGAACAGCUGGUUUAUGCGGCAGUAUCUCUCACAGCGGCCUGUGGCUCGGGCAGGUCUGGCGUUUCUCAAGCGGUGGAGCAAACGAAGUGGGAUUAACAACGGCUUGAGGGGGUAUCUGACGUCGUACGCUGUCACGAUCCUCUGGGUGUAUUACCUGCUGCGGCGCGGUGUCCUCCAAUACGUGGACCCCGCACUUAUCCACCCCGUGCCGUCGACUACCCAGCAGGAGGUGCCAUACAUCCCGCUCCUGGGAGAUGAGUGGACUGGCGGUGCGUCCAUGGAGAGCGUUUCGGAGUCUUCGGCGUUGGCGGAGUUGCGGGAGGAACUCGGUUCUUGCGUGGCGGGGUUCUUCGCCUUCUAUCUCGCGUUUCCGUGGGACGAGCGCGUCGUCUCGCUGCGCGUGUCGCACGGCGACGUGACACGCGAGAGUCUUGGCUGGCUGCAGGCCGCCGAGGUGUUGUCGAAUAGGCUCCGGGAACGCGUCUGGUACCGCAUGUGCAUCGAGGACCCGUACGAGGACGACCUGAACCUCGGGCGCCACCUCUCGCCCGACAAGUUUGCCUUUGUGCUCUCACAGUUUGUUGUCGCCCUCGGCUGCGUGGUGGGCGGCCGGCCAGGGCGGCUCCUGUUGGAUGCCCGGGCAACGGCAAGCGUCGCACUGCGGGCGCUUCUGCACCGCCUCGUGUACGAGGAGGGGCUGACGUCGAUGUCGCUCGCGGAGGCGCGGGAGUAUAUUCUCUCGCGCCUCGAUGGGGAGUCACUGGCCUACUACGAGGUGCAGAACUCCCUCGACUCUCUCUGCGAGACGCUGGUGGAGCUCAGCUGCGGCAGGGUCCGCAGGGGCGGCGGAGACACCAACCGCCCCAAUAUAGAGGAGCGCCACGUUGGCCCCAGUAAUGCGGACGCCGGAGAUGCUGCGGAGGCCGCUGCUGCUUUUGCCGAUGACGACGACGGUGCAGGUAAGGCGUGUGAGGAGGCCGCCGGGGGCACCGACGUCACGGAGAGAUUGCCUCCGCCUCGCUCACUUCUGCAUGACACGGACGAGAAGAUGAAGGCGGCAGGUGUAUUGGGGAUCGCCGUGGAAAAUGUCCCCGCGGCGGUCCGAGAGGCGUACUUCACUGCAUGCGGCCGUGCCUUCCGCACCGCGGCGGAGUGCGAUUUACUGCGGCUGCACGCGGACGCCUUGGCGCCCGCUUGGCGCGGUUCGGCCAUGGGGGGUGCGGAGAUGCACUUGGCGCUGAGGAACUUGCUUCCGACGGCGCUGCGGGAUGACGCCUUCUUCGAAGCGUUCGUGCAGCACCCGGAGCUGCAGGAUGUGCUGCGGAGUGUCUGCCAGCUGCAGGAGGCGGCGGGGGAGACGGUGGUGCGGAAGAAACAGCUGGUGGGGGUGCAACCACCGACGACUGCCGUGGUGCGUGGGAGGAAUUCCUUCAGGGGAACCUGCAGCGAGUGCGGGAAGCAGAAUCUUAUUCUGUGGCCCACCAACAACCGCGCCACGGACGCAGGCAGCUACUGCGAAGACUGUUGGAAGGUGUACGAGGCGGGGUAG